AUGGCACCGCCGCCGCUGCUAGACAGCACCGACCUCUGGCGGCCCGUUGCCGCCGCCCGCGGGGGAGGCUGGGCCACGGCCGCCGCGCUCCUCCUCCUCCUCGCCUCUCACCUCGCCGUCCUCCUCGUCCGCCGCCGCCUCCGCGGCGGAGGCCGAAUCGCGCAACCGGAGGCCGCCCUGGCGCCCGCGCCUGCCUCCACGCCCCCCGGUUCUGCCUCAGGGUUGGUCCCCCGUACUGCCUUCGCGGCCGCUGGCCCUCCUAAAUAUCUGAGUAUUACAACAUAUGAGAGAUGCUCGACUGAGCAGUUGAGGGACUUCUACAUGGAUAACGAGUACAGAAUGGAGUGGGAUAACACUGUCACAAAACAUGAGCAGCUGCAGUAUUAUGAGAACAGUGGAGUGGAGGUAGGGCGAACAAUUAAGAAGUUUCCACUUCUGACACCAAGAGAGUACAUAUUGGCAUGGCGAGUCUGGGAAGCAAAUGACAAGUCUUUCUAUUGCUUUAUCAAGGAAUGUGAACACCCUCUUGCGGCACGGCAGAGAAAGUUUGUUAGAGUGCGACUUCUAAGAUCAGGAUGGUGUAUUAGGAAAAUCCCAGGCAGGGAUGCAUGCCAAAUCACAGUGCUGCAUCAUGAGGACAAUGGAAUGAACAUAGAGAUGGCAAAGCUAGCCUUUUCCAAGGGCAUCUGGAGCUACAUAUGUAAAAUGAACAAUGCUCUACGUCGGUAUCCUCAGUAUUGUAGUCCAUCACUGUCGAUUCUGACCAUGCAGAAACUUAUGAAGAAGUUUCCCCAGGACUUGGAGGCCGCAGAUGCAAGCCUUUCUGCUUCCCAGAAUACUGCAGCAUCGGUCGUUCCUUCAACACCGACGGCCAGGACUUCACCAUGCAAGCUUCCGGGGAAGAAGUCGUCUCGCCAAAUGAUUGCAAGCGGGCUUUUGCUGGUUGGAAGCAUCGUUUGUCUAUCUCGAGGCCGAUCCAACCUCGGGGCGCAGCUCGCGAUGGUCUUCUUCUUGAAAAAGGCCUUCAAGCAAGAGAGGGAAUCAGGCUCAUCGACAUCAAGGGCGAAAACAGACGUGACUAAUGCAGGCGGUAGCCGUACUGGUUUCACCGUUUGA